AGCCGGAAUGGCGCAUGGUCCGGGCGUGUCAGGGGUGUCACCAUUGUACCUUUAAGGUACAGCGGAGGCAGGUCUUGAGGUAUCUGUUGAUCACACUUCCCUGGACACUACAUCGACAACACUGAACACAGACACAGUCACAGUCAGGUCUCCUUCUCCAAGGUUCCAGACAAAGCAAGAUGGACACACAAUCGGCAACCCUACCCCCCUAUAUUCUACCAACGGAGGGCAAACCGGGCGGUGGAGUAUCAGUCUAUCAUUUGCACACCCCCUUCAACCCCAACCCUCCCCAGCACGAGGUUGGCCCCAACGAGUCGCCCCAGGUGUACACCAGCGGUGGUAGCGCACAUGGAGGCCCCAACCCGGAGCCCCCCACCAAGAUUUAUCGGAGCCCGGACAGUGACAUGCUGGGGCGCACGGCGGGCAAGACCACCUGCACCAGCUGCCAGCAGGAUGUCACGACCAAUGUCACCUACAAGCCCGGCACCUACGCCGUGCUCAUGUGCCUGCUCUUCAUCUGCUGCGGGCUCUUUCUGUGCUGCUGCCUGAUUCCGUUCUUCAUGAAAGACUUUAAGGACGCGUACCAUACAUGCCCGCGCUGCAACAGAGUCCUCCACGUAGAAAAGAAGAAGUGCUGCUCUUCGGGGUAAUGCACCGCGUGCACUUGAACGGUGCCGAAAAGAUCCUACGAAAUCACUCAUUAUUUAGAUUCUUCUAUGCGUGGGCCGCCAACAGGAAUACGCUACCAGCCACGUUGUCCACCACUGCACGUUAUUCUUCUUCAAGCACCAUGUGCACUUUCUAGGGGGCCUAUUGUUUCUUCUUUCACAUGCUCAUACCCCCAUCGGCUUCCCCUAUCAGUAGAGUAUGUAUGAUAAAUAAAAAUGAAGAAUGUAUGAUAGAGGCUUAAAGACUUAGACUCAGUGUCUAACUAAUGUCGCCUGUCUGAUGUUCCACAUUUACAUAUUGUAUGUUCUUGAUGAGUGGAGGAAAUGUAAAGGUGACAUUUACCUGCUAGAAAUAUUGAUCAAACAGAUGUAUUUUGGUAAGAGCUUUGCAUGUCAAACAAUGAAUACGAAUACACAUUGUACAAUAAAGGAAUAUUUAAUUACUGUCUUUUACGUUGCAAUCUUGUUAUGGGUGAGACAAUAAGGAUUGAACAGGGCCUACCUUAAUCAAGACAAAUUGUUAAACACGUUGGAAGUAAAUGUGUUUUGUAUGGCUUACUUAAUAUUGAACAAGUAUUUUUCAGCAAUUAAACAUUAGGUAUCGAUAUGCAAAAUAGUACAUGAUAAUUCUUUACAAAUACCUGAUCCCUGUUUUAUGGUCUUUCAAGUUCCUCCAUCACCAGGCGUGGUUUGUGCUAUCAACUAUGGCGACGUUUUACUAAUUGUAUUAUUGUUGGUAAUAACUUUGUUCUUUCUCUGAUAAACAUAUAGAAGCUUCUCUGGCUGACGGCUUGUGUAGACGUAUAAAUACCUGGAGUGGGGACCUGUUUAAGAAACAUCGAUCCUUCAACUGAAAUAGUUGUGAUACAAAUGAUGGUUUACAUAAAUUCAAAUACUUAGAGGAAGCUGAUCAACGUAUUUCAAUGCAACAUGUAUGAAAGAAGUGGUUAAUACAUGGCUUUCCUGGAUCAUAGACCUUAGGAAAUGUGUUUUAAUACGUAUGGCUUAGCCUUGGUUCUAGCAUGCAGCCUACUUAUUUAUUUAUACUGGGUUGACAAUAGACUUUGCUAUAACUAAUUUUAGGUCGAUUUUUCUCAUGUUUAUAGUUGUACGGGGAGAGGAGGCGUUUGCUUUUCACAACAUAAAUAAACUGUUAUAUACUACUUUAAGCCAAGUGUCCAUAUGAUCCAGAUCUGGUUAACCAAAUUGUUUCCUAACAAUAUUGAAUGUAUGAAUAAAGUUAUAAAGAACAUUCUUUGUUUUUGGAAAAGUCCGGGAAAAUAAUAACUAGUAGUUCAUUAAAGUACUUGGGUAGUUUGCUCUACUCAAGCAUUAAAGGUCCCCUAUUUCACCACUUGGUUUAAGAAGCCAAUGCAAAAUGUGCCCUGCUCUUUGCUAUAGUGAAAUCGCAAGCGAG